AGACCCGGGCAGGAGAAGAGGGGGCUGCGGCCCCCCUGGCCCUCUGCGGCCCCCGCUGACGGUGGGCAUGGGGAACCAGGUGGAGAAGCUGACGCAUCUGAACUACAAGGAAGUUCCCACGGCUGACCCGACAGGUAUGGACAGAGAUGAGGGGCCCAGGAUCGGGGUGUCCUACAUCUUCUCGAAUGAUGAUGAUGAGCUGGAGCAGCAACAGGAUUCAGUGCAUGAUCUGGGAGGUGAGCACCCUGCCUUGCAGCCCUAUGAUCCCCAGCUGCAUGAGGUGGAGUGCUCAGUCUAUUACCGGGAUGAGUGCAUCUACCAGAAGAGCUUUUCUGAGGAGGAUACGCUGCCAGAGGAGGGUGGUGAAGGAGGUGGGGGGCACCUGAGCACAUAUACACCGGAGAACCUGCUGAAUAGGUGCAAACCGGGUGACUUGGUGGAGUUUGUGUGCCAGGCCCAGUAUCCGCACUGGGUGGUCUACGUCGGGGAUUUUCAAGUCGUGCACCUGCACAGGCUGGAGGUGGUGAACAGCUUCCUGACUGACGCAAGCCAGGGUAGACGGGGCCGCAUUGCCAACUGGCUGUACCGUUACAAACCGCUGAGCCCGGCCGCUGUGGUGCGCAACGCCCUGGAGCAGGUGGGCUGCAAGGACCGGGACUUGAGCUGGAGAAACUCGGAGUGUUUUGCUGCCUGGUGCCGGUAUGGCAAGCGGGAGUUUAAAAUCGGCGGGGAGCUGCGCAUAGGCAAGCAGCCCUACCGAUUGCAGAUCCGGCUGGGUGACAAGCGCAGCCACACGCUGGAGUUUCAGAGCCUAGAGGAUCUGAUCAUGGAGAAGAGGAGAAAUGACCAGAUUGGUAGGGCUGCUGUGAUCCAGGAGCUCUCCAGCCACCUGCAGGCUGCAGAGGAGGAGGAAGAAGAGGAGGAGGAAGAUCAUCAUCCAGGUGCUCAGACUGCUAUGGAGUAGCAGCCUCAGCACCACCAUGCUGCUUAGGCUGGGUGAUGGGGAUUAAAACUGAAGGCUGCGAAAUUGAGCUGUUAUAAACCCUUUGGGCUGCUUCAGUGCAGCUUCAUUCCAAUCACAUGUGAAAGGAAGGGGGAAAGCUGAUUAAGUGUCUGUGAUUUAGUGCUUAACUCCUUCAGUGCUUGAUGGAGCACUGACUUAUUUGCAGAGGAUAAAACUCAGGGCCAUCCUACCCCUUCACCACUCCCUCCUCUUCCCCUUCCUCUCUGCCGUCUAAGCGCAUAGCCUUUCCCUCAACCAUCUGCCAGUAGGCCUGACCCUACAAGAUGCUAAAUGCCUUUGACAUCCACUUAUCAGCAGAAGUUAGGGGUAUUUAAUACUAUUAAGGAGCCAACAACUUUCAGGAUAUGGCCACCUAGCUCUGAGUGCCUGAUUAGCUGGGGUAGCAAAGAAGCAUGAGGAUUUUGUUUUCCUUUCUGUGCCCCUGUUUCUCUUCAGCUGUGGCUCCUGUUGGUAUUGCAGCAAACUGUUUGCUUACAUCUGCAGGUGCAAGGCUUCUGUGGCUUCUCAGCCAGCCCCCUCAAAAGACGUAUGGGAGAAAUCCCCACUGAUUUUUAGUGAAAUGGUUUUGAUGUGCCCAGUGCCGCCUUAAAGAAACUUGUGGGUAGGGGGAGUGCCUCUUCUGUUAUCAGUGUCGCUUCCUUCGAGAGCAGAGGCUGUGUUCAUUGCUGAACAAUCCCAAGGAGGAGAGAGCUUGCAAUCUUGAUCAUGAAAUCUGUGCACUGGUAUGUGGUCGGACUCAUAGUAGGGAAAUGCUGAGCUAUGCCAACACUCAUCAUGGGCUGCCUGGCUUCCCUUAAAGCAAGUGACAAAACUCGCAAAAACAUCAGUGGCAUACAUUGAGGUGGCGGAAGCAGGUUGUUCACGUGCGUUAGGAUGUCCGAGCAAGCUGCUACUCAGGAGGGUGGGCUGGGUGCCCCUGGCCACGAGCACUUCACAGGUUCUGCACUACAACAAACAAGGCUGCGAUAGCAAAUGCUGGGAUGGAGCACAGGAUGGAAGGGCAACACAGGCAGAGUCUGGGUGUUCCUCUUUUCCUUCCUUACCACAAACAACUUUCAUCAAGAAUUUCACGUUUCCCUUUUUUUUUGUUAAGUCUUCACAGUACACAGCUGAGCUAUAGCAUUGGUGAGGAAAUGCCUUAAGAGUUGUUGUGCGAGCCCUUUGUUAAGCUGGGGAGGUGGGGGGGGGGGGGGUAAGGGGCUACCUGCCUCGAAUAUUCCCUGAACUUGUUCCCAACCGUGCGUCUGUUGAACUGGUUUCCCACACACACAGUACUAAUGGAUCUUUGUCUGGGGAUCUUAAGCGUGUGAGCAAACAUUGAUUCGGAGGCAGUUUCUAAUGUGAAAUUCCUAAACACAACAGUGGUGAUGUGAACUUGAAAAUAAGCUCGAGUUCAUUUAAAUCAUAAAAUUAACGGAGUGAUGUAAACUUGGGGCAUAACAAAUAGUCUUCCCUGCAGCUGUUUACAGUUAUACUGCAAAUAGCAAAGUACUCCACGUCCUUUCGUCCUCUGAGAUGAGAGCAAAGUUUGUCAUUCAGUAAGUACAUACUGGCUUUGGUUAGUUAAGACUAUAUGAAGCAACUUCCCUGAAUAUAAAAGGAUAACAUGGUCUAAAUAGCUUUGUAUUGUUGAGUUUUCUGCCUAAAAUACACAAUCUAGAAAAAAAGCUUCUGUGCUGUGAAAGACCACUUCAUACUCACUUCAGGAGGAAAAACCAGCAGCUUUUAGGGUUAUGCAGAAUGCGCUAGAUCCUAUUCCUUUAAUGAUUCCCGUGCUCUAAUUUUUGGGCUUUACAAUGCCCAGCUCCAAAGGAGAAUUUAACACCAAACCCCCUUAGAAUGCUAUAGCUCAGGUGUCUGUACUAAUGACAUUUUUCUUCAAUAUGCAGUUGAGCUGUACUCAAGUUACCGUGGUUGUCAGACGGAUGUGCAACCUUGCUUUAAAAGCAUGAUAACUAUCCAUGUCUGAACUGUGGUAGGGUUAAUAUGUGGGUGUCUGCACACAGGUUUUGUGCAACAACCAGUAACCACUCCAAGCUGAAAUGAUCUCUGAAAUAGUCCUAAAAAGGACGAAGGAGGGUCUCUUUUGUACUAACUGGUAGGAAACAGAACUGAGAUUAUCUAGAGAACGAGUAAAUGUCUGGCUGUUGUUUCUUUAGUACUGAAACCUUGUACAUAGCAAAGUUUAUUUCACUGUGUAAUAUAUGUAUGUAAAAUAAUAUUUUCUUACAGAUAUUUUUGAAAGAUUAAAAAAAUUAUUCCAUCAUAAGAACCUUGCAUCUUGCGUUUGAAAGUGAGUUGUUAUACGUGUUAUUUUGCAGUCCUCUGAAUGGAUUUAUUUUUCAUUAGUGAUCUAAAGUAUAUUCUAGGUCAUAAAGUAUAGAAGCUGUUAUAGUUGUCAAAUAAUAUGUAUCUACAGGGUACUAAACAGUAAACUAGUUAUGAAAAUAUUUUUCCCUUGUGUCUGAAACAUCAGAACUAUGACACUUAGACAUUUCUCUGCAUCUGAGAUAUCCUGCAUAGUCUGGCUUUGUUUUCUGUGUUUUUAUUUUAUUUUUUUAAUAAAAGAGACCAAAUCUGCUUGAGAAUGCAGAGCAAAGCUUCUUUGACUAAAUGAAAUCGUGUCUUGUGCUGAUCUUAGUGCUUCUCUGUACCGGUCAUGCUGCUUGGGAUAAAUUCCCAUGUGGGCCUUAGCAAAGAAUCUCGGAGCUUGCACUGCCUCGCUAGGACUGAGAGUGGGGGGGGAGCUUGCCCAAGAGCAAAGCAGUUUGGGAGGCCAUGUACUGUGGUAUGAAACCUAUAUAUUUCUUCAGCACCCAGGACAUGGGUGUGUAGUAUUUAUUUAAAACACAUGCAUAUGUUUGGAGUACUCAAAUUUCUGCCAAUUAUGUUUGGGGAUUUAUGCUGUCUCCUGCCAUUCCAUUUUAUGCAAAAACGAUGGGUGGAGGGACGAAGCCUGGAGGGUGGUGGUGGUGUUGUUUUUUUAACUUGGUCUAGUAGAAGACUACUUCAUAGAGUGGUUCCUCAUCCCAACAGCUCAAGAUGCAACUGUUGAAUCUUUCAUGGGUGGGUCCUUUUUCCUUACCUGUUGAUUAGGCAGUGUUAUUUAAUAGGUGCUCUUAAACAGCACUGUACACAUUUCUAAGCAGUCUGGUUUUAAAGCUAUGGACCUGUACUGAGCUGGAUGAGUGAACACGGCUUGCUGUAGAAGCACAUCACAAUGGCUUAGUUUUCUGUCUUUGCUCUACUUUAUUUGGUUAUUGUCUGCAGACUAGAUUAGGAUUUCUAGAGCUUGAUUUUUAAAGAGAAAUCUCCUAACAGGCUUUUUUGUGUAUAUGUCUUAUUUCAAGACCUUUAACCAAAAAAAAAAAAAAAACAAGAGAAGAAUAGACAAAAGUGCUCUUCUCUACAGCUUAUUUUUUAACAUAUAGAAAUUCAGGUGUGACCCUCCUGUAGAACUUCUAGUUCAGUGAAGGUCCUAAGCCUGUACCGAAAUCUGAAGUUAUGAAUAGAUCCUGCUUCGAGAUGCUUGACAAUCACUAAGACUAUUCAUGUGCUUGAAGAUUUACCUUUCGUUCUGAAUAAGGGCCUGGAAUUUCAGUCUCGGGUCUCCAGUGGGAGUGUGGAGGAUUUGACACUGCAUAAUCACGUAGGGAGAACAAACAGCUCUGUGAAAGCUGCUUCUAAAAGGGCCUCUUGACCAAACAAGGCUUAUGGAAUCCGGCCCAAACUUUGGCCUGAGUUUCCCCUUCGAAAUCCAGGGAUAGCAUUGAUUCAGCAGAAGGCUAGAGAGGUGUAUUAUACGGUAGCUGUAAACGAAGAUAAUGAUCUUGCUGCAGACUAUUUUCUGAUAUCUUUGUCUGUCUUGUCAUGCUUGAACUUUGCCUUGCAUUUUAAAUAUUUAAAGUUAAUAGUAUUUUUUUUUUUUUUAAGAUCCUUGAUUGUGCAAACACUAUCAUCUGUAUGAAUUUACUCAUCUGGGCAUAUCUACUGAUAAGAAGGCUGCUGUGAAUAUCAUUAUGCACAUGUUAAGGCUGGCAAGGCUAAGCCCCAGAUGUGUAAAUGUAGAUCCAGCUAGGAAAUGUAGAUGAGCAGUUUUAUUUCCUAAGAGGACUGGUGUGUUUGAUGCAAAUAAUGUAUUGGAAAAAGCUUUAUAGUAAAACCUAGAAUUAUCCCUUGAUUGAGUAGUUUUAAAAACACAAUUUAGACAUUCACCUUCCAUGGCAGGGAAAAAGGACAUAAACUGAGGACUAUUUCAAGUUAUCCCUGCUUCCGUGUGAAUGCAAAGUACUGAUUAUAGCAACUCUCUAGAGCUCAGUGGACCAAUGUAGCAGCCAGUUGCAAGGUGAACAGGAAAAAAAACCAAAAGCUAAUUGAAAAACUGUGUUUUCUUACUUAGAAAAAAUAUUUUCUGUAGAAUCAAGGAUUCUAGACUUUGAGGGUAAAGUUUCAGUUAUUUUAUAUUAAUGAAACUCCAGUUAAACUUCCUAAUUUUUUUUUAAUAUAAGUUCAAUAUCCUAUUUUCAGUACUAAAAUAGGUAGUAUUGUGGGAUGAAUAUAUUUCAUAUUUUGAAUGUAAUAGUGGUUUUCUUUUUCUUUUUUCCCUUUGGUUAGGUCUUGCCAAAGGUCUGUCCUUGGGUGUAUGAGACUUUUUGUCAAGUGAUUUACCGCCCAUGCUUUCCUGACAACUAACAGUACCAACCAUAAUUAUAACAGCCAUGUAGGAAGAAAUAUUUUUUGAAAGCAAAAUUUUAAUUUUUUAUGACAGAUCAGAGAUGAGUAACUAAGUAGAGGUAGGAAAUGCAUUGUUUCCACCAGCGGUUUCUACUUGUAAGAAAGCUAUUGUUAUUUGAGUAUAUGCGUUGACUUGGCCACCUUUAUAAAUUAAUGUGCAGUGAUAACGCCAGGUGUAUUGUGUAAUGGGCUUAGACUUUUCAAAUCGGACUUUUUUUUCCUGACUGUGAAUAAGAAGAAAUCAGGGUAACUUCAAACAUCAGUGGUUAAGAUGGUUCUUUUGCAUUAAUAUUGAAUUAGAAGCUUUCUUUAAAUACACAAAGUCUCUGGUAUUGUAACAAUUCAUGGAGUCAUUCACAAUGACAAGUGUAAUCACAAAGUAAUGAUUUUUUAUUUUUCCAUGAGCCUUUUCUGUAAGCUGUCUUUUGUCAGUAAAUGUUGAAUUGUUAGUGCAAAUAUCUCUUCUUUUCCUGAGAAAGAAGUACAGAUCAUUGAUUGUACCAUUUCCUUCAAAAUGAAGGGCCUUGCAUAGUAGCUAAAAAGAAAUAAAAGAUUUAUAGUAUCUUUUACA